AUUUUGCAGUCAUGCUGAAGGCAUUAUUAUUUUGCGGACUGGUUGGACUUUCUUAUCAAGUGGUGUGGAACACCGCUGACUGUGGCCAAGGAGGUUCUGGUCCACCGGGAGAUGUUCAAAUCGUGGAUGGAGUGGAGUCUGCUGAUGGACAAUGGCCCUGGCAGAUUUCACUGAGACGAGAAGGUCUAUUCGGAUUCGGCCACUCAUGUGGAGGUAGUAUCAUUAACAACAAGUGGAUCCUCACAGCAGCUCAUUGUCUCUCAGCUACCGGUGAUGCUAGCGGUUAUCAAAUCGAAUAUGGAAUGAACAUCCGUGAUACAGGUACCCUUGAUGAUCCAGUCCGAUACAUCAGACACGCAGACUUCGACAGUGAUAGCAAUGAAAAUGAUAUCGCAUUGAUAGAGCUCAGUGGAACACUCUCAUGGAGUUCUACCGUCCGCCCAGUGUGCCAACCAACCACAGCUAAUAUUGAUGGCCGCCAGUCAGUUGUCAGUGGAUGGGGAACUGAGUUCUCAGGUGGUUCCGUUACAACAGAACUCCGACACGUACAAAAGACUAUUGUCUCCAACGAUGAAUGCCGCAACUCUUACGCCGAUAUUUUCGACAGCAGUCUCUGUUCUGGCCUUGAUGAUGAGGGUGAUUCCUGCCAGGGAGACAGCGGCGGCCCAUUGUCCAUAAAUGAGAAUGGCCGAUGGCUAGAGGUUGGCGUGGUCUCCUGGGGUCGUGGAUGCGCAGUGCCUGGUUACCCUGGACUUUCCUAUCAAGUGGUGUGGAACACCGCUGAUUGUGGCCAAGGAGGUGAUGGUCCACCGGGAGAUGUUCAAAUCGUGGAUGGAGUAGAGUCCGCCGAUGGACAAUGGCCCUGGCAGAUUUCAUUGAGAAGGGAAGGUCUAUUCGGAUUCGGCCACUCAUGUGGAGGUAGUAUCAUUAACAACAAGUGGAUCCUCACAGCAGCUCAUUGUCUCUCAGCUACCGGUGAUGCUAGCGGUUAUCAAAUCGAAUAUGGAAUGAACAUCCGUGAUACAGGUACCCUUGAUGAUCCAGUCCAAUACAUCAGACACGAAGACUACGACAGUGGUACCAAUGAAAAUGAUAUCGCAUUGAUGGAGCUCAGUGGGACCCUCUCAUGGAGUUCAACCGUUCGCCCAGUGUGCCAACCAACCACAGCUAAUAUCGAUGGUCGCCAGUCAGUUGUUAGUGGAUGGGGAACAGAGUUCUCAGGUGGUACCGUUACAACAGAACUCCGACACGUACAAAAGACUAUUGUCUCCAAUGAUGAAUGCCUCAAUUCGUACACAAGUAUUUUCGACAGCAGUCUCUGUGCCGGCCUUGAUGAUGAGGGUGAUUCCUGUCAGGGAGACAGCGGUGGCCCAUUGUCCAUAAAUGAGAAUGGCCGAUGGCUAGAGGUUGGCGUGGUCUCCUGGGGUCGUGGAUGCGCAGUGCCUGGUUACCCUGGUGUUUACGCUAGAGUUUCUUCAUACCUACAAUGGAUCAUCGACCAAAAUUAAUAAACAUGAAUUGGUUUUGAUACAAACAGCUUAUUAAAAUACAUUUUAAUUGAUUAAACAGAAAUGA